AUGGGGUGUGAAAAUCAAACAGACUGGACUGAAUUUGUCCUCUUGGGCGUUCCAUUUCCUCAACAGCUCUAUAUUCCCUUAUUCCUCUUAUUUCUCCUUGUCUAUUUACUCUCAAUCAUUGGGAAUAUUCUGAUCCUAUUGACUGUAGCAUCUAAAUAUAACUUACAGAAACCAAUGUAUUUUUUUCUCUGCAACUUAGCUGUCAUGGAUAUUUCAGUAUCCACCAUAGUGGUCCCAAAGGUGAUGGGUGGGUUUGUGGAAGGAGGACAAGUUAUUUCUUUUGGAGGCUGUCUGACCCAGCUCUUCUUCUACCACUUUGUGAGUUGUUCGGAAUUCUUUCUGUAUACUGUCAUGGCCUAUGACCGCUUCCUGGCCAUCUGCAAGCCUCUUCAUUACAACAUCCUGAUGAAUCACAGAAUGUGCCUUUGUCUUUCCUUGGGCACGUGGUUUGGUGGAUGUGUGCAUUCCAUCAUGGUUACUUCAUUGUCCUACAGCUUGCCUUAUGGACUCAAGAAUGAAGUGAACUUCAUUGUUUGUGAAAUUCUUUCCCUGUUGAAAUUGGCAUGUUCAGACACGUGGUUCCAGGAGAUAUUUACCUUGGUUGAUAUUGGCUUAGUAGCGAUCAUCUGUGUCUUCCUCAUUGCAAUAUCAUACGUGUAUAUUGUCACUGCCAUUCUCAGAAUCCCCUCAGCUGAAGGACGACAACGGGCAUUCUCUACUUGUUCCUCCCACCUCAUUGUGGUGAUAAUCUGCUAUGUGCCUCCAGCUUUUAAUUAUUUGAGAACAGGGACUCAGGAUCUUCUAAGUGGGGUUAUGGCUCUUUUUUAUACCACCUGGACUCCGUUCCUUAAUCCACUCAUUUAUACAUUAAGGAACAAGGAGAUGAAAGAUUCCAUGCUGAGCCUAAGUUAUAGGAUUAGGAAAUUCUAA